AUGGCACCCAAGCCGCCGGUCAAACGUCUGUAAGUGACGCGGAUCUUAUCAAAGCUCGCGCAGCCUAUUCUUGGCUCAUCGCUCAUCACUGACGGCGGGAACACGCUGCGGCCUCUUGGUCUUGCCUCAAACAUUCGCAGCGAGGCGCCCGGCCUGCCCGGCUUCUUCGCCUGGGUUGUCGUCGACGGCGUCGAUGCACCCAUAUACGACCCGCACAUCGAAGGGAACAAGGCUGUUGGGUACAUCGAGUCCAAGGAAAGGAAGCCGUAUGCGGUCAAGUUCCGGGAUGAACGGCUCAGCGCGCCGACCGAUCUCGAUGCGUGGGUUUACAUUGAUGGUACUAGGUCAGUGAGAGCGUAGGGGAGACAUGCGGAUUGUCCGUUACACUGAGGCUGAGGUACUGAUCCCAUCGGAGCAAAUGCGCGGGAUGGAAUGCACAGGCAACGCGGCAUCCUGGCCAAGAAGGAUCACGCACGGUACGGCCACCCGUUGGAUCAUCCGGCCAGAGAAACCACCCUGUCGGGGCGGCUAGCAUCCGAGGUAUGGGCACGGAGUCGUAAUGCUGUGAACCAUCAGUGAAGGGUGAAGACUGAUCCAAAGGAUCGUUUGGGGAACGAUGUCAUCUCGCGAAUCGUGUGUUCCUCCCCAGACAAGCGAACGACCCUUCGUCUUUGGCAAGAUCCGACUCACAGACGACGACAACACCGCGACCAAGGUCGAGGAAACGAUCAAGAACGCCGGUACGAUUCAAGUCCGAGUCAUUCAGAGUCAACACCUCGGUCCGACGUUGAGGGACGUCGUGUCUUAUAACAACAACCCCGACCCACCGGUGCUCCACGAGAAAUCGAAAAAGGCUUCGUUGUCGCAUACCACCGCGUGAGUAGUAUGGCACUGCCUACCACGCUGGGGGUGCUCAUUGGGGAUCUGAAUCAUGUUUUGUCCAGAUUCGGCUCGACUGUCCCGGUUCGGGAGAAGCUGCACUUUUGCGAUACGGUCGCUUUGGGCGACCUCUCGUCCCCGAUGGGCUUUAUCGAGUUUAGGUAUCGAGCACGCAGUGAGUCCGGGGUCGCUUGCUCGAUCGUCAGAAAUGUCUGAAACGCUGAUUGGGUGCGACUUCUUGUCUCAUAGUUCUGUUGGAGCUCGAAGAUCGUAUCGAGUACGUUUGACUGACAAUGGAGAAGCCUUUUUAGAGGGGAACUUUGCUAAUUGACGUCGGCUACCCCGACCGUUUCUGAUUUGUUCAGGUCGAAGAGGUCACGACCGAACGCCAACGGUGCCCCACGACCAGCAAGCAUCAUACAAAAUGCAGGGGAUCAUCUCGAAGUGAGCGACUCGUCCUCCGAAUCCGAAGACCUAGCUUCCGCAUCAUCCGCCGAAUCCGAACCUUCCGAAUCUGAGGAUGAGGGUCUUACACCAGAGGAGAAAGUGGAAGCGAGGAGGUUGAAGGCCGAAUUGGCCAAGUUGAAUUCCAAGAGGAAGAAGAAGAGGAAGAUGAAGAAGCAGGGUGGGGCGGAUCGGAAACCCAAAAUCAAGCCGGAGGUGAAAAGUUUGGGCACGAUCGAGUUGGAUUCUGAUUGA